GAAACAAACUUAGAAUACCAAAAAGAUACAACAUGAAAAUAGCUCAAGUCUUUCUUUUCAUUGCCUCAUUUGCUAUUUCUGCCAGAUCUGAGAAAGAUUAUUCUGCCUUCGAUUCUAUAUCUCCCGAGCCAAAAUCAAAAUUUGCCUUGUUAGACGAUGUACGAAUUUUAGCCAAUGGACUCCUCCAGCUUGGACAUGGUCUUAAAGACUUUGUCCAGAAGACCAAGGGGCAAAUCAAUGACAUCUUUCGAAAACUUAAUAUUUUUGACAAGUCAUUUUAUGAGCUGACACUACAAACAAAUGAAAUCAAAGAAGAAGAAGAAGAGCUCAGAAAAACAACCUCCAUAUUAAAAGUUAACAAUGAAGAGAUAAGGAAUAUAUCGCUUGAGCUGAUUUCAAGGAUUGAAAACUUCAUGCAAGAAAAAAUCCAGCUUCAAGAGAAAGUAGGUGGACUGGAAAAGAAAGUAGCUAAAUUAGUCCAUGGACAGCCUGUAAUUCAAGAAUCAAAAGAAAUUACUUCACUCAAAAGUUUUGUAGAGCGGCAAGACAACCACAUUAGACAACUUCUCAAAAUUGUACAAGACCAACACGCACAACUCGAUAAGCAGCACGGUGAAACCACAGAGCUGGAAGAUAAGCUAAACAACACAGACUUCCAAGAAAACACAGAAAAUGCAUUUUCUUGGAAGCAAACAAAACCACAGACCAUCCCCACUCCUUCACCUAAUUCAAUGGCUACAGAACAAGAAUUUCAUGGUGUUGCUACAGACUGUACUGCCAUAUACAACGCUGGAGAACACUCUAGUGGCAUCUACACUAUUAAGCCCAAUGGGUCUGAAGCCUUCAGCGUCUACUGUGAAAUGAAAUUGGACAGGCCAUGGACAGUAAUUCAAAGGAGAUCUGAUGGAUCACAAGAUUUCAACCAAACCUGGGGGAGCUACGUAAAUGGUUUUGGAGAUCUCCAUGGGGAAUUUUGGCUGGGACUGAAUAAGGUGUAUUCCAUCGCUAAACAAGCUGACAACAUUUUACGUAUUGAGCUGGAAGACUGGAAGGCUAAUAAACGUUACAUUGAGUACACAUUCACCUUGGGCAGUCCAGAAACUGACUAUACCCUCUACCUUUCUGAGAUCUCAGGAAAUAUUCCCAAUGCCCUGACUGAAGAGACAGAAAUGAAGUUCUCAACAAUGGAUCAUGGUGAUAACACACAGAGAGACUCUACCUAUCCAGAAAACUAUUCAGGUGGCUGGUGGCACAGUGGAUGCGGGGAAACAAACCUGAAUGGAAAAUACACCAAACCGAGAUCAAAAGGAAAACUAGAACGGAGAAAGGGACUGUAUUGGAAGCCUCAGAAAGGGAGAUUCUACUUACUUAAGUCAACAAAACUCAUGAUACAUCCUACAGAUUUAGAAAGUUUUGACUGAAUUCUCACUCUGAUGUGUUUAAUUCAGAUACACCCACUGAACAUGAAUAUAACCACUGAACAUGAAACACAAUAUGAACUUCCUCGAUACAAGCAUAAGCGCUGCAUGCCAAAAUAUAUGGCGUACAUAUAUUACAUCUACUCAACAAAACAAAACAGGUGUUUACUACAGUCUUAUGGUGUAUUUGGUGAGUAUUAUUAAAGUGAAGGACUUGGCCUCCAUUUUCAAACGCUAAUAUCUAGGAACUUAAUACCUGUUGAGAUCUUAGGCUGUACUGAAUGGGGAGAAGGAUUUCUGAGUCACUGCAUUCACAUACA